AUGGAUUAUCUACAGCAGUUUAAAAGUUUGAGUGAACUGGUCUCCUACGUCCGACUCAAGUUUCAAAUCUCUGCCACUACCAACGCUCUAAAGAAAGACCUAUCAAGGCCAUCACUGAAACAAUGCUUUGAUCUGCUCCGACAUUCAGGCCGUAGUUUUUAUCUCAACAUUUCUGCUCUCAAAGGUUUACCAAGAGAUGGCAUCUGUAUCUACUACUUGAUCGUCCGAGCCAUGGACACGAUAGAGGACGACAUGACCAUACCAUGUGAGGUCAAACAUUCGAUACUGAGAUCUUUCGACACUAUAGUGAGAGACGAGGGCUGGAGCUUCACACAAAGUCAGGACAAGGAUGCUGUCGUACUGGAGAUGUUCCCAAGUAUUUCCAAAGAAUUUAAUCGACUACCUGAAUCUUACCAAAACGUCAUUAUGGAAGAUUUACGAGGAAUUGGAGAAAGCUUUGCGACAUCCAAUGAAAUUCCUUGUUACAAUUUAGAGGAAUUUGAAAAGUACUGUAGAUAUUCAGCUGGAAUACCUUUGAUACAAAUGCGUCAGAUGCUUCACAUGGCUGAGCCCGUGACAGAUUAUGAGAAGACCUGGAUUAAAAACUUCGGACACUUGUUCCAGAUGACCAACGACUUACGCGACAUACGUCAUGACAUUGUCAUUGACAGGAAACGUCUCUGGCCUGAAUCUGUGUGGAAGAAAUAUACGAAAGAUAUAAGAGACUUAAUAUUACCAGAGAAUGAAGUUCAAGGACUAGCUUGUCUAAAUGAACUUGUAACAUACGCUCUAGACCACGUUCCGUCCUGUGUUUCCUUUCUUAAACUCUGCCCAACUGAAGAGUGCCUCAAGUUCUUCGCUGUGCUGCAGGUCAUGGCAGUGGCAACACUAGAACGCCUCUACAACAACCCGCAAGUUUUUCGCCACAUCAUCAAGAUACGGAGGGGUGAGGCGGCGUACAUCAUGGUCAACUCGACCUCCAUGCAAAACGUCAAGGCUAUGAAUGCUCAUUAUAUUGCCAAGAUACAGACCAGAGUACCAAAAGACGACCCAAACUACACCAGAACGAGACAAGUCUGUGAGGCCGCCCUCAGCGUUGUACAAGAUGUCACAGCACCGAAGACGUUCAAUGGCUUCCAUCUGGUUCUCUCUGUCCUUAUAUUUGCUCUGUUUUGUAUUGUGUUGGGUUUUGUGGCUGAGGCAAGGCUUGUUAAUAAAGGCAAUAGUCUCUAAACAAAUACAUAUACCAAAGUUGUC